AACAUUUACUUUCCAUUAUUUAUUUCCUUGAAAAUAUCAAAUUAUCCACAAAUUAACUGUUGUAGUGAAUAACAUAAACAGGAAUGUGAGGUAAAUUAUUGGCAGAUCCUUCUGCUACAAUUCUGUGAAUUUGAAGCAAGUUCCAGGUGAAUUCACCUCAAAUAGAUCGCAAAUUGAGUGAUUAGCGCCGAAUCAGAGCUUAAGAUGGGGAUCUACGGCACCGUUUAUGGCUAAUUUGAGCAACAAGUCGGAAUUCGACGGGAGAAUGAAUGAUUCUGAGGUCUGAGGCGCGAAUUGAAGAUAUUUCAGGACAAUAUCGAGUAUGGCAACACCAGUGGAACCUCCAAAUGGGAUUGGGUCUGAAGGGAAACAUUACUACUCCAUGUGGCAGACGCUUUUUGAGAUUGAUACAAAAUAUGUCCCGAUCAAGCCCAUAGGUCGAGGUGCCUAUGGCAUAGUGUGUUCUUCAGUGAACAGAGAAACUAAUGAAAAGGUUGCUAUCAAGAAAAUUCACAAUGCCUUUGAAAAUCGUGUUGAUGCACUAAGAACUUUACGCGAACUGAAGCUUCUCCGGCAUCUCAAACAUGAAAAUGUGAUAGCUCUAAAAGAUGUCAUGCUCCCUGUACAAAAGGGAAACUUCAAAGAUGUGUACUUGGUUUACGAGCUUAUGGAUACGGAUUUGCAUCAGAUCGUCAAGUCUUCUCAAGCACUUACAAACGACCAUUGCCAGUACUUCCUUUUCCAGCUACUGAGAGGUCUGAAGUAUCUUCACUCAGCAAAUAUUCUUCAUCGUGAUUUAAAGCCCGGGAACUUGCUCAUCAAUGCCAACUGUGAUCUUAAAAUAUGUGAUUUCGGGCUUGCUCGUACCAGCAGCAGUAAAGGUCAGUUCAUGACCGAGUAUGUGGUUACUCGCUGGUAUCGGGCCCCAGAGCUCCUUCUCUGCUGUGACAACUAUGGCACGUCUAUAGAUGUAUGGUCUGUUGGUUGCAUCUUUGCAGAACUCCUUGGUCGAAAGCCUAUAUUUCCCGGGACAGAGUGUCUCAACCAGCUAAAGUUAAUCAUCAACAUCCUUGGCAGCCAGAAAGAAGACGAUCUUGAUUUCAUCGACAAUCCAAAGGCGAAGAAAUACAUCAGAACUCUCCCUUACUCCCUUGGGACCCCCUUCACCCGUCUCUACCCCCACGCUCACCCUUUGGCAAUUGAUCUAUUACAGAAGAUGCUCGUCUUCGACCCUUCAAAGAGAAUAAGUGUCACUGACGCCCUCCAACACCCAUACAUGUCUCCCCUGUACGACCCGAGAUGUGAUCCUCCAGCGCAGGUCCCGAUCAACCUCGACAUAGAUGAGGAUCUAGAGGAAGGGAUGAUUAGAGAAAUGAUGUGGGAGGAGAUACUGCACUACCACCCGGAACCUGCUCCUGCAACCUCCGAAUCGCCAUUUGAAGCUUAGAGCGUCGUCGUCGUUGUAGAAUUUAAGCAUAAGAAACAGUGAUGGUGUGAUCAUUUGGGCUCCCUUGUUUUAGCCUCUUGUUUGAAUAAUGAUGAGAAGCAAUGGCAUUAACAGUUUGAGCUGCUAAUGUUCUAAUAUUAUAGGCAUUUGGAAUCUGCUGCAAUUGCCUUGUAAUCUGUACAGAUAGGUCUGGUGUUGUAUGUCAUCAACAUUUCUUGUAAAAUGUUUUCUUUUUUCUUUUAAUCUGUACUCAUCAGUUAUCCCUCUAUGGAAAAAUGUUUUCUUU